AUGUCGGUGUCGAGCUCGUCGGUGGAUGAUGGACCGCGCCCGGGGAAUUCAAAGGGGGGCAAGCGGCGACGCCCGGAGCCCCAGACACCUCAACAGAAGAUAGAUGAAUUUUGGGAUAAAUACAAGACCAAGGCUCCUGGAAAAGCUACUUCUAUCAUACCUCAACAGAGUGACUUCUCUGAGCGAGCCGCCAAGCGAGCCUCGGCCAAGUCUCUUGGUCCGGCCAAGACCACCCAGCAGUCUUAUGAGGAAGCCGCAGCACAGUGUCGCCACAAGGUCGCCCAGAUCAUCAAAGAGUGCCGGCGAGUUAACCAGAAGUACCGGGACCCCCACUUCGAUCUGGAGAUUGACCUAAAACUCAUGCGUCGGGACUGCCUGGAUUCGUUGUACAACGUCAAGGACGAUGACCGGAGCGAUGACUACUGCCGGGAGCCGCCGCUCAAGGACCGCAACCCGCCCCCGUCGGCCACCAGCGUCAUGGGCAUGCUGGACCGAAUCGACAAGGAGACCACCGUGCCUGCGGACGGAGACCCCGAGACAAAGCUCCGUCCGCAGGCGGUCAAGAGGGUCGUGGACAUAUUUGACGAGCCUAAAUUCUUCAUCGACGGGCCGACUGCUCACGAUGUCCGCCAGGGCAGAGACGGGGAUUGCUGGCUCAUGGCCGCGCUGUGUACCAUCAGCAACAAGCCCGGCCUGAUCGAGAAGUGCUGCGUGGCGCAUGAUCAGGAGGUGGGCGUAUACGGGUUUGUGUUUCAUCGAGAUGGGGAGUGGUUCAGCGAGAUCAUCGAUGACAAGUUAUACCUUACAAAACCUGACUAUGAUGAGCUGUGUUUCGAGCGAAUCCUGUGGGAGGACCGAGAGCGUGUAAACUCCGAGGAGGCGUACCGGAAGAUCUACCAGUCUAACAGUGGUGCUCUGUACUUUGCCCAAUGCGAGAACCCGAACGAGACGUGGCUCCCGCUCCUCGAGAAGGCCUACGCAAAAGCCCACGGCGACUACUCAGCUAUCGAAGGCGGUUAUGGAGGCGAGGGGAUUGAGGAUCUCACCGGCGGUGUGACCUCAGAGAUCUACACCACAGAUAUUCUCGAUAAAGAGCACUUCUGGACUGAGGAGCUUAUGAAGGUCAACCAGGAUUUCCUGUUUGGCUGCUCGACUGGUGUCUGGGGUCGCGGUUGGGGCGAGCGCAAAGGUAUCGUGGAGCUCCACGCGUACUCGGUUCUCAAGGCCCGCGAAAUCGACGGUGUGCGCCUCGUGCUCCUCAAGAACCCCUGGGGAAAGCACGAGUGGAAAGGCGCAUGGUCCGACGGGUCCAAGGAGUGGACGGCCGAGUGGCUGCAGAAGCUCGACCACAAGUUCGGAGACGACGGUUCCUUCUGGAUCUCGUACGAGGACCUGCUCAAGAAGUAUCAGGCAUUCGACCGCACGAGGCUGUUCGACGAGAGUUGGAAAGUCGCGUCGAUCUGGACGACCCUGAACGUGUCGUGGACCUUGGACUACCACGACACCAAGUUCGCCUUCUCGCUUGCAAAGCCUGGGCCAGUGGUCAUUGUAUGCUCACAGCUCGACGAGCGCUACUUCAAGGGCCUGGAAGGCCAGUACCGAUUCGAGCUCAGCUUCAGGGUGCACAAGUCCGGUGAGGAGGAUUAUGUCGUGCGUAGCCAGGGAUACUACCGCAUGAAUCGAAGUAUCAACGUUGAGCUCGAACUUGAGGCGGGCGACUACGUUGUUGUGGUCAAGAUUGACGCCUUGCGCAACGAGCGGAUAAUGCCCGUCGAGGAUGUCAUACGAGCUUUUGCUAAAGAGAGGAGGGAAAAGUUGCUCCGCAUCGGGCUAGCAUAUGAUAUUGCGCAUAGCAAGGGGAGGAUUAUCGAGACUCCUGAGGAGAAGACCGCAAGAGAGGCUUACGAGAAGAGGAAGAGAGACAGGGAGAGGAAGAAGAUGGCUAAACUGAUCAUGAAGCAGAGAGAAGAGGAUCGGAAGCAUGCCAUCAGGCAGACAAUGAAGAAGAAGAAGGCGACCGAGAAAGCCAGGGCUCGCGCAAAAGCCAGAGCUGAAAGGCGGCAGGCGAGAAGAGAGGCAAAGGAAAAGGCUGAAGAGGAAGAGCGGAAGAAGAAAGAAGAGGCGGGUUCCAGCAAUGGGACCCAGGAAAAAGCUGCAGACAAAUCCUCUGGGGAGCUCGAGGCCCAGGGUGAUACUGUCUCAGCUGAAGUCAAGGAUACGGAGGGCGCAGACAAGCUUGACACCAAAGAUAGUGGAGCUCAGACAGUGCCAGGUGACGAGAAAGGCGCCAGGCUCGAGAUACCGGGCCACGAUAGAAGCGCUGCAGAAGGGUCCAAGGACGGCACCGAUUCGAGCACAGAGGCGGGUGAGAACACGCCUGCCUCGAGCACAAUGUUCGAAAGGACACCUAUUCAGGCUGAAGAUACGCAGGAGGAAGAUGCCUACGUGACAGCCGCCGAGGAGGAGGUUGGGAGCCAGCCAACAACAUCUGCCGAAACGUCCAACAGAGAAGAGCCGCCUCCAACGCCCAGGGCUGUCAAGCCCAAGCCUGAGAAAUCAGAACCCAAGCGGUCUGUUGACAAAGCGCACCCACCGACUCUCGACAAAGUAGACAUUGGCGUGCAAACCGGCCCAGGACUUCCUGAGCGCCAAAGGAUUCCAGGCCCACCACCAGGAUAUAUCUACUCGCCACCGCCACCACCACCCCGUGGUCAAUUGUACGGCCACCCAAGGGGCGGGCGCCACCCUCCACGGGACUAUGGCCAUUUACCGCCUCAUAUCCGCGCCGUCCCGUACUCCUCAUUGCCGCCGCCGCCGCCUCCGGGUCGGGGCUUCGGAGGCCCUCCCGACGCAUCCUCAUCAGACCUCUCGGAUGCCUCGACCGACGACGUCAUCGACGACUUCGACUCCUUGUCCGAGGUGAGCGAACACGAGAUCGACCUGUACAUGGAAGCGCAGGACAAGGCGCGUGCCGCUGCGGCGCGGGCAGCCAAGGCGAACCAGCCGACGAGCUCUCCGCCGCCGCCGAACGGGCCAAGCUGUGUGGACGAGCUGAAUGAGUUUGAGAAGGACCCUUGGAACGCGGUGGGUGUCUUCGGCUUGAGGGUGUACUACAAGUCGGACGGCAAGGACGACCCGGACAACGAGAUCGUGAAGCUGAGGAUCGAGCGGCCGAACCCCUACGUAUGGGAGGAUGACAGCGAUGACGAGGCGGACGACGAGAAGGAGAAAGGGACAGCGGAGAAGGGGAAAGAAGCCAAGGAAGAGGCCAAUGAGAGCCAGGUGCUCGAUAUCGAUGAUAGUGCCAAGGACGCCGUUGCUGAGGACAUCACUGCUCGGGAAAAGAAAGAGGACGAGAAGGCUCUGGAAGGGGAGCCUCCGGCGCAGAAAACUCCUGAUGACGGGACGGAUGUCAAGAAAGAGGCGGAUGAGACUGAGGGCUCCAAGGACACCGAGAUUGAUAAGAAGUCUGGUGAGCCGAAAGUUGAUGAGCCUAAGCAGCCGGCGGAAACGUCUAUUAAGGAAGAGGAAGAGCCAGAGAAGACAGAGAACCAGGCGUAA